UCAUGUAACCAAAAGAAACACUUCAAAAAUAGAGUUACAAAUGAUGUGGAUGGACAGAGAGAGACAGGAAACAUUUACAUACAUAACAUGAGGUGGGAGUUGGGAUCUCCAGAUUUGAUCGCGGCCGUCCAUUUUUGAUCACAUCACAUGUCCUCCUCCUCUACAGUAGGUUCUCGACACUUGUCAUGGCUCGUGAAAUCCUGCUUCCCCAACCCUCACCAAACCCACAACCCUAUCGCCGCCGCCGCCUCCGCCACCACCAUCGCCUCCCUCCCCGACGAUCUGCUACUCGAAUGCCUCGCCAGAGUCUCUCCACCUACUCUCUUCGCUCUUCCCUCUGUCUGCCCACGCUGGGCGCAUCUCAUCAACUCCACCGCCUUUCACUCAUUCCGCCGCCGCCACCACCUCCUCCUCCACACGCUCUUCGCCAUUUCAAUCUCCGAUAACUUCACCUUACUCACUGCUGCCCUUCGAUUAGAUCAGGACGGUACUGGCGAUCAAUGGAAACUCUCCUCGUUUGUUCCGUCGAAGGAAAUCGACGGAGGCGUAGGCUUGGAUUUCGCUUUGUACUCGCAUCCGCGAUUGGCGUCCGUCGGCCGGAGAAUAUACAUCAUCGGCCGGACGGCGAUGCUGCGGUGCGACACGUGGACGGGGAGCUUAGUCCCCAGGGCUGGGACGCUUUACCCUAGGAAGAAAUUCGCCGUCGCCGUCGUGGAGGGGAAGAUACUCGUCGCCGGCGGAUGCGGUAGAUCGUCGGCUGUUGAGGAGUACGAUCCCGACGCGAACUCGUGGCGCGUGGUGUCGGAAUCUCCUCGGCGAAGGUACGGAUGCAUUGGAGCUUCGGCCGACGGAGUUUUCUACAUCAUCGGAGGGCUUAAAAUCGGGCAAUCCGGCGACGACGAUCAAUCGUGUGCGGCGGCGCGUGCGUACGCGAGCUCAAUGGAUUUAUACGACGUCGCAUCCAAGCUGUGGCUCCGGAGCCGAGCCGUGCCGGCCGGCGGCUGCGUGGUAGCCGCCUGCGCCGCUAACGAAAGCGUGUACAUCCUCUCGAGCCACGCCGUGGAGCUAAGUUUCUGGAAAUUCAACGCCUCUCGAAGAAGCGACGGUUUCGGGGAAUGGCGCAGGAUAAGGAGCCCGCCGGUGCUGGCGCAGGUUAGGCUCGACGGCAAGGUGCGUUUCAGCUGCGUCGGAUUUGGGGACAAGGUAGUGCUGGUGCAAGUCGUCGGCUGCAUCGACGAUUUGCUGCGGCGGAGCGGGCGUACGGAGAGGGGGCGGAAGGAGCGUCUGGUGUUGGUGUACGACGGCGCCGACGAUGAGUGGAGCAGGGCGGCGGACAUGGCGGAACUAAUCCGACGCGCCGCCGUGGUCUGCGUGAAGUGCUAACGGUCGGUCGCCGGAGUCACGUGGCGCUGUUUGUUUGUCUGUCGCGUGAUAAUUACUCAUGGAGCUUUGCAUUGAGGAGAAAAUGGUCAAUUCAUGGGAGGGUAAUUUCGGUAUUUUUAUCUUUGUCCUUUUCUGUGAUUGGCAACUAAAAGGCAAAAAAUACAUGUGCUAUUUCAGUUGUUACAUAAUAUUGUUGGCAAUAAUUCAGCUCCAUUUGUCA